AUGAUUGGAAGACUGGCUGCUUUGACUCUCCUAAGUUCAGUGUACCUGAUUCAAACUGCAGAGGUUCUUCACCAGAUUCCUUUGACUGUGGUUAAGGUUGGUGGGAAUGUUGCUUUGCAGUGUCCACUUUCUGAAAUGGAAGGCAAAUUCUUCUCCUGGUAUAAGCAGCCUCUUGGAUAUAUGCCCCAAACAGUUGCUACAGGAACUUAUACUCAACCAAAACUUAUAGGACAAUUUAACAAUCCACGUUUCAAAGUAACAGAGGGGAAAGCUCAGUAUUUUCUUAACAUCAGUAAUAUAAGCAAAGAGGACGAAGCAACAUACUUCUGUCAAAACGGAACAGCAUAUUCAUCGAGUUUUGUUACUGGCAUCUUCUUGGCUGUGAAUGAUCAUAAUCAGCAGAAAUCUUUCUACGUGAAACAAAGUCCGGAGACUGAGUCGGUUCAGCCGGGCGACUCAGUGACGCUCCAGUGUUCACUUCUCUCCAAGACCAAAGGAAACACAGAUCAAUGUCCAGGUGAACACAGUGUGUACUGGUUCAGAUCUGGAUCAGGAGAAUCUCAUCCAGGCAUCAUUUACACUCACAGUGAUGAAGGAGAGGAAAGAAGUUGUGUCUACAGUCUGUCCAAAACUAUACAGAACUCCUCUGAUACUGGGACUUACUACUGUGCUGUGGUGACGUGUGGAGAGAUCCUGUUUGGUGAAGGAACUAAAGUGGAGACAAGUAAAAAGUGA